AUAUCCUUUUUAAGCAUCUUAGUGCUAAGCUGGUCCCUCUAAGCCAGGCCCCUUACAUACUUUUCCGCCAUCGAGAAAGACUAGUAAUUAAUUAGUCUUGGUAUUUAUGUAAGCACAACACUAGUGCUAUGGAGAUGGGACGUGGAUGACAACAGAAAGGUGUGUUUCACCUCAAAGCAGGGUUAAGACUGGAGGGGAUCUGGUUUAGUAAAUAGGAAAUGACAAGGCAGGCAGCAUUCUCACUCUGCCUCACUCUUGUCUUCCAUGGGCUUGGAAAAUAUUCACAAGGGGGAAAAAUUUAGCCCAAGUUGUAUAUGUGAAGGUCGAUAAUGACACACUUGCAAAAUUAGAUCGUCCUUAUGCAUUGGCUGUGGCAGUUCCUGCCAAGAAUGUUUAUACAAGACAUGGGGGUCACUCUGAGGCCCUUGAAACCAAGUUGCCAUGGAUAUUCCUAAGCCAGUGAUAUGUUUACCACUAUGUACAAUGAAAAGUUAAGUCAGAGUGGCUUUAAGGAAAUAACAUUUACAUUCCAGCAUGAUAACUGGUUAACUGAGUGUCUGAAUAUAACUGAGCAAUAAGAAUUUUAUUAAUCAAAAACUAAAUUGACUUAUAAUGUUAUUCAGUGCUGUCAUCAUAUUCAUCAACCCAUUUCUCCCAACUGUUGCAUGAUCAUGUUGAAGGAAAAUUAAGCUAUAAAAUUUCUCUAUUAAUUAUACCCUUGAAAUAUGAAUAAGUUUUUAGUACUAGAGAAUAUGAUUAAUUUCAUAAAUGAUGCAGAACCAUCAUGAUGCACUUUACUAUUCAAUAUACCUCCAGUGCUUUUAAUCAAGCAUGAAAAUAGGGCUCAAGAGCCUAAUUUAAAGCUAAAAUGGAGAUCCAUGUUGCUUAGUUAUAUCAUGUUAAUUAUAUCAUAUAAGUGCAAGAAAAUGUGCUUGAUUGAAAAAAAAUUUUGAAAUAAAAUGCAUUCGAAGUAAUGGUUAUAUUUGUAAUGCUGUAACUUAUAUUAAUACAUGAAGCUAGAAUAUGUAGAAGUAUUUUGCAGUUAAUGAUCUUUUUCUCCUUUAUGCUCUAGUUUUCAAAGUCAACUAAUGCUUAUAGAAAUUAAUUAGGUCACUUCACCAAAAGUUUGUGUCAAUCCUUACAGUGAAGUUUCUUUUUAAUUCAGUGAAACCUCAGUUAACUGAAACAUUUGGGGAAGAGAGUGUUGUGAUUAUGUUUCACUCUGAAAUCUUCAAAGUUCAUUUUUCCUGCCUUCAUAGUGGGAGUGUAUUAAACCUAAUUUAUUAUUCCUUUAUUGCUUUUUACUUUUUAAUUCUAUCUUUGACCUGAAAGUUGAAGUCUUUGGUUAUCUGAGUCAAUGUUCUAAACAUUAAAGCAGUAUAGGACAGUUUGUAAGAUUUUUUUGUUUGUUUUAAUUCCAAUUAUCAAUAAAAAUAUUUUACAACGACUUAUCUCCCUGCCUUACCCCCCUUUCUCUUAAAAGGAGAGCACAGCAGAAGCAAUCUGCUUAUUUGGUAUUUUGCUAUAAUUUAAAGAAAGUGAGGAAAUGUCAUUUCUCUCUUGCCCGAGUAUAAGCCUUCAUACCGUCCUGUGCUUUGAGGCAAAUGGUAACGCUUGGGAUUAUCUUGCUAAAAUUUAUAGGAAUAGGGAGCAGAGUAGACUUUACCUGCCCAGGUCCGUGCCUGGAUCUCCGCUACUUAUUCUCAACAAAUAUAAUGUUGGCGAAACCACCAACAGCUCCCUGAGCCUAUUUUUAUUAUUUUUCUUAUUUUUUGUUAUUUUAUUAUUUUUUUAAUUUGUAAAAUUCGAGAUUAUAAUUUGUAAACUAUACACCGUGUGAAUAUUAAAUGCACAUGUGAAAGAAUUAUUUUUACCAAUACAUUUUCAAAAGUGGGAAAUUAAAGAAUUUAACUUGGAGAGUGAGAAAGGAAACAAAUUUUUAUAAAGAAUUCUUUCUUAUUCUAUUCCUGUAGGAAGAUUACUUUUGGAAGAAAGUAUCUUCUUUUUCUUUUUUUUAAAUAAAAAUUGUUAUCUAAUAGACUCCUUACAGAUCGAGAAGUACUUAAAGUCACUAGUUCCUCUGCUCUGUUCUCUAUGACCCUCCUGAGCUGGGUAGAAAGGGGGCUUUCUCCUUUUGUUUGCAUAGAGGGGCCUGACAUUUGCCAGAGUGUUUGCUUAUAAAGGCACCACGCCUUGCUGCACUGGGAACCCCACCCUUAGUAUGAAGAUCCCUUUGAAUUGCCAUCACUGUCACAGAUGUUCACUUUAAAAAAAAAAAAAAUUAAUGAAUAGGGAAACAGAAUUCAUUCAUGUUUCAGGCAGUCAGUCCAUCCACUUCAACUGUUUUGUAAUGGAAAACUCACCAAAACUAUUCCCAAUAUAUAAAGGGAUAACUUUAGAAGAUUAUCCAAAUCCUGAGCCUUUCUCUUCAGCACAAUUAAAAACAAUUUUUUUAGAAUCAAAAGAAUUAGAAUUAUUUUUAGCCUUGUUAAUUGUAAAAACUGACUCAGAGUAUGCUGAUUUACUUCAUUCAUUCAGUAUUUAUUAAACUCCUGUGGCAGGGCCUCGUCUCCCAUCUAGUGAGAGGAAGCAUUCAGCAAAUAAAUGCACACAGUGUGGAGGGGAAAGCACUUUUCUUAAUAACGAAUGUUUUUGAGAAGUACACCCAUUACUGUUCCUAGUCAAGAUUGGGGUUGGAGUUGCCUUGCCGGAGCCUGGUCUUCAGGCUGCUCUGUUCCAGCACACAGGGCCUUUGGGUAGGCAGUACGUGGGGCGGGCACAGGAUGUCCAUCAGUGGCCACAGGCCCCUUUUCUGUCUCUGAUUUCGAUUUGGGGCCAGUAUGGCCACGUUUAUUUGUGUUGCUUUGUUAGAAGAUAGGAAUGGUCUGGAACAGAGAGGAAGCAACUGGGACCAGGGUGCUACCCACCCAAGGCACACACCCCGAGCAUCCCUGUACCAGUCCUUACACUGUGGGAGAACCAGAUUGUUUUAAGCGGAUUGCAAUAGCUUGUGUCCUCCACCCAAAUAAUUAAAUGUGUCAAUGUCCUGAUAAACAUUGCUGUGACAUUUGCUAGUGAGACAGUUUGAGGAACCACAUUUCUUCACCCUUUUGUGAGGCAGUCAGACUGGAAAUAGUUAAGUGUGUACUGAGUUAUGUGCCCAAAUGUGUCUCCUUACUUUUAGCUCAAACACCACACAACAAUAUAGGAGACGGGACAUUCACUGAAGAGCGAACUCUCAGCAAAACUGCAUAAUGUUUAGAAACCUUGACUCUUUAUGCAGCUUUCUCCUUCUUUAUGGCUUGAGAAACCUAAGAAUAUUAUUAAAUUUGCAUAUCUCCCAGGUUCGAAAUUCCUUCUUUCCUUAAACUCACUCACAGAUACAAAAAUCCAGCAAUGACAGCAAUAAAAGUGUGCCCUCAUUUUGCUUCCUAUUGAGCUGCCAAUAACUUGGCAUUAAAAUCUAGGUCAUAGGGAGGUCAUUGAAGAAUAGGGCUGAAAAUAAAGGCAAAGCUACAUUUUUUUCAUACCCAUCUAAUUACAUGGAGUCGAUAAAGCCCAACAAGUAUGGAGUCAUCUACUCCACACCGUUAUCUGACAAGUACUUCCAGACCCCGGAAGCCCUGUCGCAUGGGAUGCAGAUGGAGCCAGUGGACCUCACCGUGAACAAGCGGAGUUCUCCGCCCUCUGCUGGGAAUUCCCCUUCCUCACUGAAGUUCCAGCCGUCACACCGGAGAGCCUCACCUGGGCUGAGUAUGCCAUCUUCCAGCCCGCCGAUGAAGAAGUACUCACCCCCUCCCCCGGGAGUGCAGCCCUUCAGCGUGCCGCUGUCCAUGCCACCGGUGAUGGCCGCCGCCCUCUCCCGGCAUGGGAUCCGGAGCCCGGGGAUACUGCCUGUCAUACAGCCAGUCGUGGUACAGCCCGUCCCCUUCAUGUACACCAGUCAUCUCCAGCAGCCGCUCAUGGUGUCCUUGUCCGAGGAGAUGGAGAAUUCAAAUAGUAGCAUGCAAGUACCUGUAAUUGAAUCGUAUGAGAAGCCUAUAUUACAGAAGAAAAUUAAAAUAGAACCUGGGAUCGAACCACAGAGGACAGAUUAUUAUCCUGAAGAAAUGUCACCCCCUUUAAUGAACUCAGUGUCCCCCCCUCAAGCAUUGUUGCAAGAGAAUCACCCUUCAGUCAUAGUACAGCCUGGGAAGAGACCUUUGCCUGUGGAAUCUCCAGACGCCCAGAGGAAGCGGAGGAUACACAGAUGUGAUUACGACGGAUGCAACAAAGUGUACACUAAAAGCUCUCACUUGAAAGCACACAGAAGAACACAUACAGGAGAAAAACCCUACAAAUGUACAUGGGAAGGGUGCACGUGGAAGUUCGCUCGGUCCGAUGAACUGACAAGGCAUUUCCGAAAACACACUGGAAUCAAACCUUUCCAGUGUCCAGACUGUGACCGCAGCUUCUCUCGUUCUGACCACCUUGCCCUGCACAGGAAGCGCCACAUGCUCGUCUGAACGCCUCCGGCUCCCGCCUCGGCGGGCUCCCCACUCGCCCAGCUCUCUCUCUCUCUCUGUCCUCCUAUGAUCUAACUCAUUUUUUACAUGUACAUUUUCAUUUUGAUUCAGCUGGUCUGAAUCUGAAUUUAUAUCAUUCAAACUUCCAUAUGGUCAGUAGUAGUAAAUAUUCUCUAAUCCUCCCUCUCCUUACCACGGGUCAGACCUAAAGA